GUUUGAUCUUUAAACUCUCGACAUGGUUGAUGCAUUUUGUGCAAUUUGGAUACUGGUUCACAGCCAGAUCCUCGAUUAAUACAUGAAAGCACUGGGUAUUGGUUCUAACAUUAGGCAGAUAGGCAAUGUCACCAAUCCCUCAAUUGUCAUCAGUCAUGAGGGUGACAAAGUUGUCUUGAAGACACUGUCCCUCAUCUUAAACACUGAGAUUUCUUUCAAACUGGGAGAGGAGUUUGAUGAAAUUACAGCAGAUGACAGACAAGUAAAGUCCAUUGUAACCUUGGAAGGAGAAAGUCUUGUUCACGUUCAGAGGUGGGACGACAAGGAGACAAAGAUUGUUAGAGAAAUCAAGGAUGACCUUGAUCUUUGAGGGUGUUCAGGCUGUCCGCACAUAUGAAAAGGAAUAAUGUCAAACUGAUGAAUGUUUCACUGUUACUUUGGCGUUGUGACAUUAUGAUUUAUCUGAAUGAUACAGAAUGUCUCUGAGGCCUGCCUUUCUGUUAAACUGAACGAA